GUGAAUUUAAUCAUCCACUAUCUCCAAUUUUUAUUUAAAUUUGUCAAGUAAAAAUUAAAGAAUGUGCUCAUAGUGAUCAUUGGAUCCACAAAAUAAGUGUAAUUUUUAUGAAAGUGCGUACCAUGGGGUCGGAUCAUGCAAAGAGCGGAGCGUAACGACCACAAAGAAUGGCCAUCGUUGCCUCUUAAGCUACUCGCAGGCUGUGUGACAUUUCCGUUUAGCCUUGUUUCUUCAAGGUGGAAAAGCGAUGUUGAGCCUCAUUCUGAAUCCCGAGGUCCAAAAAAUACUAGCCAUCAUGACAGAGACUUCCAGUAUCGGCGGCAUUACCGCGUAGCACCCCGCCACAAAAGACCAGAUUCUUCACAAACCGCAUGUAAACCACGCGUCCAUAAAGAGCGUGGUGGGAAAGAGGAUUAUGAGGAGGAUGAGCCAUACGCAAAGGCAAGGAGGUCUGGUAUACCCAGAACUCCAAAAUCUACGGAAGGACCAUCCAAGAGCAGUCCAGCUCUGAGGGAGAGGAGAAUGCGUCGAAGUGAGCACCAAACUCCCUGCUGUGAUCCUGCAGAAGCCAUCAAUAAAGCAUCGCUUCAACAAGUGGGGCGUCGCGUAGAUGCCAGCAUGAGUUUCAACAAGAACUCGAUGUGUCGCGACUGUAUCGAGAAGUACGAGCAGGGAAUCAGAAUGAAUUACGUUCGCAAUCUCACCAUCCUCUGGUUUCCUCCCAAUUUUUCUCAGUCCAAGUUUGGUGAUCGCAGAGCAGGAAGUAAUGCCUGCACACUGAUCUGCAUAUUGGUAUCAUACAAAGUCCACAAGACAGGUCUGAAGCUACCCAACAUCCGGAUGCAAGAGGCUUGGGAACCUCUAAUGAACAUCUUGGCUGAAAGUAUAGUAGAAGGUAAUACAAUUCAUGAGCGGCUCAGAAAAGAGAACAAACUUGUUGAAGAUAAUUUGACUGUACCAGAGGCCAUUCAUGCCACCAGACACCAUGUCGAGAGAGUCACUGAAUGGGAGAGUACUAUCAUAUCGUCACGAAUGAAGACCUCGCUGUUUGACUACUUAAGCAACAAAGUAAUGGCUUGGUACGAUACAGUACUCUCACAAAAGGGCUCUGACUUAUAUGUUAUUGUCAUCUCGCUCAACCGGUCGGUUGUUUUGCUCUUUCAAAAGGAGUCUGAAACGGUGACACUCGUUGACUCCCAUUCGCACUAUCCCCACGGCGCUGCUAUUGCACAGGUACCGUUCAAAAAGCUGCGUGAGCUUUGCAAUUGGUACGCAUGCUUGCUCAGGGACUCGGCCGAAAAACCCAUCAAACAGUACGAGUUAAGCUAUCUUUACUUUCCUGAUAUGAACCACUGAUUUUUUGCCAAGGAUAAGCUCAGCUCCAGUGAAAUAAAAAAAAGCUCUGUCAGUAAGUGUUCUCAAUAAAUAUUCUCAUCAACCAGCCAUCAUUGACUAACUGUCUAUGUAGAUAAAACGUCAAAUAAAACAGUGCAUUUUUCUGUCUUGGUCAA